AGUACUUCGCGACCUGGUGCUCGGAAUCCAGUCGCCUCGGUUUACGCUAGACUAAAGCAGGGUUAGAAGAGGGCUAAACGGCGGUGUUGUCCCGCCUGAGCCUCGGUGGGAGUCGCCGGUGCGGAGGGCGCUGUGCUGCUGAGGGACGAAGGAGCGGAGAGUUUCUCCUCCGGGCAAAAGUGAAGUGUGAGCUCGGCGCGGGACUGCGGCUCGUCUCCGCUCUCCGGGACUUGAGCUCACUUUGCUCUUUAUUUUCCCUCUUUCUCAGGCUGACACUGCAACGACGACACAGGACCGGUGCCGGCUUUUAUUUAUUUAUUUAUUUAUAUAUAUUUUUGCAACAGGCAACUUGUCUUGUGUCGUUCUUCGAGGAUCUUGCUGUGAUCUCCGUGAAACCCCCUGUUUUCUGAAGCUCCGGCUCGGCUGAAGCCUCGAUCGCCGCAUGCCUGCGAAUGCAAUGGUUUGGUUUAACGCAAACGAUCAACAGCCCGGCUCUGCGAGAUACAAAAGUGCGACUCUGAGUUUUUCCAAAGCAUCCGGAGGACUUUUUAUAUGACAGUCUUUGUUUUUUCUGAACACGCGAAUGAAAUGCAGGAUAAAACGAUCGCUUUCUUUCGGUGAUUUUUGACACCGCUCUGUGUGUCUCUGCGCGCGCGUGCGCGCGCGUUUAUUUUUCGCCUCUCUCCGCCACGGGACAGUUUCAGCUCAGCACCACAGACCGUGUCUUUUGCUCAAAGUUGUGUGAUGGUUUCGGUUGUAAAGCGGAGGCUUUUAACGGCGGACAGAGUCCGGUAGCGGCUGGUGGAGAGUGCGGUGGGAAGCCGCGCGCGCGACUCGAGGCGGGGUUAAAGUUCAUCACGGAGCGCUGAGGCAGCGCCGCUCGCGCUUCGCUACAGUCGGAAAUGUGAAAGCAAGCAAGAAGCAGCCUUUAUUUUUUCCCCUCUCUCCCUUUUCUGUCUGUCUCUUCUUUUUUUCUUUUUCAUACACACACGUACACACACACACACACACAGGCGGACGCUGCGAUCACAAGUAAACGGACACACACACACACACACACGCGCGCUCACACACACACACUCACACAUCAACACGUACAUACAUAAACACGCCGAUUCGUUACAGUUAUCCAAACAUACAUACAUACAUACGUACAUACAUACAUACAUACACUUCCCAAAUUCGAGCACCAGAUAUGUAUUCUCCGCUAUGCCUAACACAGGAUGAAUUCCAUCCUUUCAUCGAAGCACUGCUGCCCCACGUGCGUGCGUUCGCCUACACUUGGUUUAACCUGCAGGCCCGCAAGCGAAAGUACUUCAAGAAGCACGAGAAGCGCAUGUCCAAGGAAGAGGAGCGCGCUGUGAAGGACGAGCUGCUGAGCGAGAAGCCUGAGGUCAAACAGAAGUGGGCGUCGCGGCUGCUGGCCAAACUGCGCAAGGACAUCCGGCCCGAGUUCCGCGAGGAUUUUGUGCUCACCGUGACGGGAAAGAAGCCUCCGUGCUGUGUGCUCUCCAACCCCGACCAAAAAGGCAAGAUGAGGAGGAUCGACUGCCUGCGCCAGGCAGACAAAGUGUGGCGAUUGGACCUGGUCAUGGUGAUUUUAUUCAAAGGUAUUCCCCUUGAAAGUACUGAUGGCGAGAGGCUGGUUAAAUCACCGCAGUGCUCGAACCCAGGGUUGUGCGUGCAGCCGCAUCACAUAGGAGUUUCUGUUAAGGAGCUGGACCUGUACUUGGCCUACUUUGUACAUGCAGAAGCUACGCAGUCUGAAAGUCCAAACCAGCCCAGUGAAGGAGAUGUUAAGGACCAGCCAGAAAAUGGACAUCUGGGCUUCCAAGACAGUUUUGUCACAUCAGGUGUCUUCACCGUGUCCGAACUUGUCCGAGUCUCGCAGACCCCAAUUGCGGCAGGGACAGGACCCAACUUCUCACUGGCAGAUUUGGACAGCUCCUCUUACUACAGUAUGAGCCCAGGGGCUAUGAGACGGCCCCUACCUAGCACCUCUUCUAGCAGUUCUGCAAAGCGGAUUAAGUGCAUGGAGGAGGAGGUGGACAGUCCAGGCGAGGAGUCCUACUACCCUGGUCAGGGGCGAUCUCCAGGUAGCGGAAGCCAAGCCAGCAGCUGGCAUGAAGUAGAGCCAGCUGGAUAUAAACUGCGUGGCUCGCUAGCUAGUUCGUUCAUCUCAAGACAAGGAAUGCCAUCGCCCACCACAUUAAAGAAGUCAGAGAAGUCUGGUUUCAGCAGCCCCGUGCCUUCGCAGACCUCCUCCUCCCCCCGAACGGCAUUCACACACCAUCAUCGAGCAGUCAUUACAGGACCCAGAGCGAGUCCUCAUGCCACGCCGUCAAGUCUUCAUUUCCCGACGUCUCCAAUCAUCCAGCAGCCCGGGUCCUACUUCUCCCACCCUGCCAUCCGCUACCACCCACAGGAGACGCUCAAGGAGUUUGUCCAACUUGUCUGCCCUGACAGUGGUCAGCAAGCUGGACAGGUGGGCUUCCUGAAUCCCAAUGGCAGCAGUCAAGGGAAAGUUCACAACCCGUUCUUGCCCACGCCCAUGUUGCCCCCACCACCGCCCCCGCCCAUGGCGCGACCUGUGCCACUGCCCGUGCCAGACUCCAAACCUCCCUCCACCACGGCCGAGGGAGGGGGCACCUCGCCCACCUCGCCAACCUACUCCACACCGAGCACGUCCCCCGCCCAGCGCUUUGUCAGUGUGGGCCCCAGAGACCCCAGCUUUGUAAAUAUCCCUCAGCAGCCUCAGUGGUACCUGGGCUAAGGACUUCAGAUUCAGACCGGCCUCUCCCGAGCUCAAAUGCCCCUCCCUGCCUCCCCUGAGUGUGACCUUCAAAUGUUCCCACCGAUGUGACGCGCCAGGAUCUGCCCGCCGCCCUCAACGCCCACAGACCCACAGCAUGGCUACAGCAGAACCCAGAACAAAUCCGAAUAAAUCAACUCAACACGCUUACAACAAACAUACUCAGUAUCUGUAUAUCCCAUAUAUAUUCCUCCAGAUGUAUGGUUUCUAUUCCUAUAUUCAUAUAUAGUAACUGUCCAGCUCUUCUCUCUUCAGGAGAUUGGGCUUGACAAUGGAGAGAUCUGAUUUACUUGGAAACUUGCAUGAAUUUUUUUGUUCAACCAGAUAAGGAAAACAUAAUGUGACACAAUCAAAGAGCUUCCUUCGGUCCAUGACUGUACCCCGUCUCAUCGAGAGCCGAAUCUCUUUAUCACUAAUUCCUGAAUUUGGUGCAGUUUCACGUAUCGGCUACGUGAUUUGAUCAUCCCGGACUGGCGCUCCCCAUGCUCCUCUCCCCCCGUGUUUGGCAGGAUCUGGUGGAUCUGGCGGUUUUUGGGUAGAACGUUAGUUCUGCUUUUGAACUUCUUACAGAGGUUUUACUUGGAUCAGAUAUUCCACCAGCUAAAACCUCUCUCUUGACUCAGUAGUCUGCUCUGACCAGAACUGUUCGUCCAUAUCUUCACCGCCAAGACCGUCAGCACCAUGCCCACGGCCCAACAGACUUCAUGUGCCAGGAAAUGGCAACUAUGAGAAGAAUUUCCCCUGGUUUGUGUCUCGGGGCAGGAAGUGAGAAGAUGGUGAUGUUCGAUAUGAGCUCAGAAGGCUGUAAAGUGAAGAAUUAAUAAGGGAGAUUUUUUUAAAAAGAAAUUGUCUCCCAUCUUGGAGAUGCGUUCAUAUUUUGUUUUUGUGUUUUUGAGUCAUUUCAGUUGUUUCUAAUACACCCCAUGUAAAGGUCUGCUAUUAGAGAGAACGGGCGGAUAGAAAGGCUGAGCUUCCAUUCAUUAACAAGAUGUAAGACGACCAUAAUUGGAGGUAAAUGGAAUUUUGAAUUGAGGAAAGUGCAAUUUUGUUGGAAAGCUGGCAGAUUGUUAAAUAUCUUUUGUAAGAUAGAUCAUUGCAGCGAUUGUUGAAAAGUAUAUAUCUAUAUAUAUUUUUCUUCCUAGUCCAUUCACACCUCUGGGACUCUAAAAUAUCGGGGUACAAAAAUAGAACAACUAGCCUAGUGAGAAAUAGAAGGAGCUGUAUGUGCUUAUUAUUUUUUUUUUAUGUUCAUUCAUUUUUGUAAAUUUGUUCGUAUUGUAGAACAAAUAUCCCUUUAAGAAAAUUUAAACAAUCAAUUUUAAACAUUUUGACAACUUCAUCCAUGCAUUGACAUUAGACUGCUGUGCAAGUUUGUUUCCAAAAAGCUAAUUAACUUAUUUUAAUGAAGCACAUAAUGUAGGAGCAGUAGCUGUUCUUAAUUUCUCAUCAGGCAAAAUCCAUUGCGUGUAACAUAAGAAAGACCUGAUCAUAUCAGCAGCUUCAGAAAUGGUUGGUUAUGAGAGCUCUCAGAAUAGGAACACUAAUCUGUGGUCAGUUUAUAUAUUUUUUGAUGUUCUAUAUGGACAAAUCCCAGCACUCUUAAACCCUUUCUUCUCUCAGUAUGGUCCUUAUUCUUCUUUAACUGAAAGCUCUUGUGCCUGUUCUGUGACCACAGACUGGUAGUUGAUGCCGGGGUGACACAACAAAAAAAAGUCGGUAACCUUUAUGAAAGUGUUAUACAAAAUAACAAAGAAAAAAACAAAUGUGAAGAUCAGACAAAACAUGAAUGCAACCACAGAGCGAAGCCUUUCUUAAUUCAUUUGCUUCGCAUGCGAUUUAACCGUUAUUCUUUAUUUGACUUUUGAUUUUUUUUCCUACAGUACAUAUAUAAUAAAUACACUUACACCUGACUCAUCCACUGUUGAUCAAAUCUCAGAAAAGUAAGAAAAAACACAAAAAAACUGCAUGUUCUAGUGUUAGUGACAAAUUUUUACAUAGAUUAUGUAGAGUUAAAGUAGUGUGAAUAAAGACACAAUAUUGUAAUCCCAACUCCAGGCACUUGCCAAAUCGAAUAUUUUGUUUGGCCCCUUAAACAUAGGGUAUUUUUACUGCUGUCCUCACAAUCAACCAGCUAACACAUCUUUGUGAUUCUCCUUAGCUUCUUGUCCUUUCUCUAUAUUGUCCCCCCUCCUUUGUCACUCUUAAAACAAUCAUUCUUUUUUUUUCAUUGCAAGAGCAAUUCACUUUCUCCUCUCAAAUUGCUUGAAAAACAGUUGUUCCUCAUCAAUGUGCCUUGAGUGAUGGUCUAGUCCUGAGUUGAUUCACAAGUUGCAGUGCUUUUUAUUCCCAGAUCUUUUCCACCUUGCUGCUACUAUGCAGAGAAUCAGAGAGUGAAGCAGAUAAUAGGAAUAUGUGCUAAUAAUACAGUAAGAGGAGCAGCGUGUGAGCUGAGGCCUUGUGAUACUUCUUGUACAAGACUCAGUCUUGUACUACAGUGUUAAUCAUGUGCAGGCCCUCAGUAGUUGUAUAAUCAAUAGGAAAUUAAACAUUUAUUAGUGUAACUGUUAUAGUUCUGACACCCAGGCCCUUUUUAGGUAGUGUGUUGAUAUUUAUGGAUGUAAAACUUUUUUUUUUUUAGUCUUCCUGUUUUUGUUCCCAGAACAAUAAAAUAAGAAGAAAAAAAGACAUUAAUGAAUUAAUUAAUUAAUUAAUAUGCAAUACUUGCUUGCACUCAUUUAGAUGUCCUUUUUUUCUUUCAUUUUUUUCUUUUUCUUUUUUUUUUUAACCAAAGUUAGUGUUGCACUUGACUGGCUGGUUGACAGAUUCGCUUUUCAUUAAAACUCCGCACCAGUCGUGUUUAGGUAUUCUACUUUCUUUGCGCUCGACCUAAAUGACCAUUCACUUAUUAGACUUCCUCUUUCUUUUCAUUUUGGUCACAAACAAGCCUUAAGGAAACUUCCUCUCCAGUACAACAAUGUUUAACGUACAUGCAUUUAAGCAUUUAAUAAAUUACAAAAUGCCCAUUUUAUGUACAUGUUGAUCUUCCAUAAUAACCUGUUUUAUUGUCUAUUCCAUAUACAGUAUAUCAUUUAAGAAAAAAAUAUGGAGAAAAUUUUCCAGGUGUCUGAUAUGGCGUUUUAGUGGUUACACGUGUGUGGAUUGUGUGUGCUUUCUUUUUUCUAUUAUUUUUUCAUUAGUAUGUCAGGUUUUUUUUUUGUUGUUGUUUUUUUUUUUCAUUGUUCUUUGCCUACCCUUUAGUAAUGAGUUGGGCAUUAUUUCCUUAAUUAUCUGCACUAAAUAUGAAAGAAUGACAGUCAUGAGGAUUUAAAAAAAAAAAAAACAGCUUCCAGGGCUUAAAAGAGCAAAGGGAAAAAAUUGAUUGCACGGACAUUUUUUUUUUGUCACAGAAGCUUAGUUUAGUUUAGAGCAGCCUAGCAUCUAAUCAGCAGGAUCAUCUGGCUGUGUGUGUAAGAUAAUGACAAAAUUGCACCCUUUUUAAAGAAAGACAAAAAAAGAGAAAAAAUAUAAAAGCAAUAGCUUGGGCAGUCUGUUUUGUUCUUGUGUGUGUAAUUUUAGUUAGUUUUUUUGUUUUGUUUUGUUUUGUUUUGUGGUUUAUUUUAUUUUAUUUUAUUUUUUUUUGGAGGGGGGUUACAAACAUAGAGUUUUGGGGAGAAGAAGAACAAAUCUAAUUGAAAUCGAGAAGAGAGCUAGGACUAGGACGCCGCUGAGUAUGGGAGAUCUGUUGUUUGUAUAUUGUAUAGUUUUAUUAAUUACACUGAUUUUAAAGCUGCCCUAUUUUAUAAUGCAGGACUUUUGUAACAUUGAUUAAAUGAGGAAAAACUAGUGUUGUGAAUUUUUGCAUCGUUUGUAAUAAGGCCACAUUAAUAGAACUGUUUUUUUUUUGUUUGUUUGUUUGUUUGUUUGUUUGUUCUCUGGGGAACUGGAUUUAAGUUGAAAACUUUCCUGUUUCCUGAUUUAUCUUUGUUUUCUUUUGCUUUCCUUUUUGUAUGUAUUUAAAGACAUUUUUGUUUUUUUCCUUCUUUUGAUGGUAUAGAGUAUUUCCUAUACUUGAAAAGUAUAAGGUAUUGAGGUGAAAGCCCCAUUGUAAAUGGAUGUUACAAGUAUGCUUGCUGUAUGUUUUGAAGGUUCUUUGUUGCAUCAGUGUUGAUGAAGCUAAAUUUAGGUAAUUCUGAGGAUGUUGGUAAGAAAUGAGAGCGUUUUUAUGCAUUUUAAAAUUAGUUUUAGGCAGAAGACAAUGACAUAGACAGCCAAAGGAUGCCCCUAUUAUAAAUGCAUCUAGGCAUCUUUUUGUGUUCACCAUUCCAUGCAGGAAAAUAAACAGCUUGAUAUGCAACAUGA